AUGCGCGCACCAGCUAUACUAUUCGCCUCCCCUCAAGACCCUACGCGAGACCAUCACCCCUCGUACCGUCAACGCCGUUAUCCCUCUACGCCUACGCCAGCGUGGGACCCAACGGUAUGGCCGUCAAUUGACGACCUCAAGGCUAUCCAGACCCGCCAACAGCGCCCAGAGCCCUGCCGGAAGUGUAGCGCUAGAUUCCCCAGCAAGAACGCUCUCUUCCGCCACGUCUAUGCCAAUAGCUGUGGAAGCCAGUUUCGCUGUCGCAUCUGCUAUAGCGAUUUCACAUCUCGCAACGCCCUAUUCCGACACCUACAACAGGGCUGCCAGCCCUCAGCCUGUAGGGCUGGAAUCCCACAGCAGGAGACUGCUAAGACUACUGCCGAGACUACUACCGAGACUACCGCCGAGACUACUGCCGAGACUACCGAGACUACUGCCGAGACUACCGAGACUACUGCCGAGACUACUGCCGAGACUACUGCCGAGACUGCCGAGACUACUGCCGAGACUACUGCCGAGACUACUGCCGAGACUGCCGAGACUACUGCCGAGACUGCGAGACUACUGCCGAGACUGCUGAGACUACUGCCGAGACUACUGCCGAGACUGCCGGCCAGACCAUAG